AAAAAAAAACACAAAGUAAUAAAUAAAAAAGAGAGAAGAGAAAGGAAGGAAAGAAACCUAAACAACGCAACACAGCCUUCGGUUCUUUGGUAAUUCGGCGGUUCGCUCGUGCGUUUCACGUGUUAGAUCCAUCUUCCUUCCCCAUCAGAUUCCUGCAUUCUCGUUAAACAAACCCUAAAUGCUCUGUCUCUCGCUGCUUCCGUCGUUGUUAUGCGUUUCGAGGUUAAUUAAACAAGGAUUUUGAUUAACCGAUUAAAUAUUAAUGUGUUGUGCGAUAGACACCGAUUUUUCGUUUUCCGAUGCAAUUUUGUUUUGAGUUUUAAAAAACCCUAAUUUUUCGAAUGGCUAUGACGGCUGAUUCUUCUUCUCCAAGCGACGGUGGUCUCAACAGCCCUCAGUUCCGCCGCAAAAAUUUGCCUUCUCCCUGGGCUCAAGUUGUUCGAGGCGAGUCGGAAUCAAUCGUAGCCGUUCAUCAUACCCCUUCUUCACCAUCAUCAGCAACCUCACCCCCCGUCGCUUCCCUACCGGAGCAAGCAACUUUUUCCGAUUGCUCCCCUUCGAAAGCGGCUUCCUCCUCCUCCUCCUCCUCCUCCCCGCCGCCGGAUAACUUGGCCGCCGACGGUGGCUCUGAUUCGAAUAGCAACAGCAAUGCGGCUGCUCGGUCCAAGAAGCCGGCUUGGAACAAGCCUUCAAAUGGCGUCGUUGAGGUGAGCCCCGUAAUGGGAGCUGCGUCUUGGCCUGCUUUAUCUGAAGCCGCUAGGGCUUCCCCCAAAUCAUUAGCUGACUCUUCUUCCAAGACCGUUCCUGACGGAUCGCUUUCUACUUCUCAGGGGCCGGUAAUACCCCAAUCAACUCAGAAGCAAGGUACUAGUAAUGCAAAUCCGACUUCAACACCAAACCGUACAAUGUCAAGUCGGCAAAGGUCUUCUAAGCGUGGUGGCAGUGGUGGAGGCAACAACUCUGCUAGUGGGCCUCCACAGAGUGGCUUUUCUCAUCAACACCCGCCACCACCACCACCGCCACCGCCAUUUCCUGUUUUACAAAUGCCUCCAAAUAGUUAUGGUAAUUUUGUUCCAGCAAUGCCAGAUCCUUCCAUGAGAGAUCCUCAAUAUAGGGGCAAUAAUUGGGAAAACAGACCAGUCGGAGGGUUUGCGUCUCAGUCACACAAUGAUCACCGGCAUUCUUCUAGGAGGGGAGGCAACUAUGGACCACGUGGAGAUGGUGGCUAUCAUAACAAUUAUGGGGGCAGGCGUGAUCAGGAUCGUGGAAAUUAUGGCAGUGGAAGAGAUGGUCAUAUGCAGCAUCAGAGAGCUCCUCCAAGGGGCUUUCCAAGGCCUCCGCCACCCAGUGCUCAUUCUUUUGUUCCUCCACAGCCUGUGAGACCAUUUGUGAAUCCCAUAGGAUAUCCUGAGUUUAUAUAUUUCCCUACAAUGCCCAUGGAGCCAUUUAGGGGCAUGCCAUUAUUUACCCAUGCCCCACCUCCUGCAAUGAUUAUGCCUGUUCCGGAACUUCCCCUGCCUGCUUUGUUAUUACAUCAGAUAGAUUAUUAUUUCAGUGAUGCAAAUUUGGUAAAAGAUGAGUUUUUGAAGUCUAACAUGGAUGAUCAGGGCUGGGUACCCAUUUCUUUAAUAGCAGGAUUUCCUCGAGUUAAGAGUUUGACAAGCAACAUUCAGCUGAUAUUAGAUUCCUUGCGGAGUUCAACUAUUGUGGAAGUACAGGAUGACAAAGUGAGGAGGCUUAAUGAGUGGAUGAAAUGGAUACCUUCUCGGGUUUCCACAGAGUCAGGCAUACUAUCUCCAGGUGCAUCAAGUUCUGAUAUGCUGGCAAGUUCUUUUCAGCAGAUUACAGUGAAGGAAGAGUCUAUUAACCAAAGUAAGGCAGGUAAUGUGAACCCUCAUUCUGAGGACACCUCAGGAAGACAUCUAUCCGAGCUGGUUGGCCACUCUCAACUCUGCAAUGGGGAGGAUUCCGACGACACAUGUUUGGACCAAAACUGAUAUCUCUAUGCCACCAGAAAAGCACAAUCCGGUCAGGCUGGUGUGCUUUAUUUUUGAUUCAACAGGAGUGGAUGCUACUUCAGAAGGGAUGGGACACCUUUUUCUUUUAUUUUCACCAUCGUCUUACUCGGUUUUGACGGUGUUUUGAUGAGGCAACUAGAGGCAAACAAUAAGAAAGAUACAUAAAUUUAUCUUUGAAAGAUAGAGAAAGAGAAGAAAGUGAGAUAUAAACAAGAGUUAGGUUAUUGACUGGGGAAGAAACUAUGAGGCUGUUUGGUUGUAUAGUUUUGCUGUUGGUAUGGAGUGGACGACUGUGUUAUUUUUUUGGUCAAGUGAUGACAGGUGCAGCAUUCCAAGGGAGGGGAAUUUGGAUUGUCCUAAACAUGGCUGAGAAUGUUUUAGUAACUAUCUAGGUUUCUAGUUCUUUUGUUUUUCCAUUUUUUGGUUUUGUUCCUGCCUCACAUUCUUAAGUUAUAUAUAUAUUCUACACACUCUCAUACAUUUUUUUUUCCCUAAGUUAUUUUCUUAUGCUUUUCCAGCAAUAUUUA